AUGUUUUCAGAUUUCGGUAAAGCAUUACCUAAAUUAAUUGCAAAUCCGGAUAUAAAUAUUGACACUGUUAUUAAAAAGUUAAGUAAAUUGAAUGUUAAUAAAUCUACUGGUGAAGACAAAGUGCACCCAAGAGUUUUAAAGGAAUGUUCUAACAGUAUUUCAAAUCCAUUGUCAACUAUUUUUAAUCGAUCCUACUCAAGUGGCAUAACUCCAAGAAUAUGGCAGUGUGCAAAUAUUAUCCCUAUACUUAAAAAAGGAGACAAAUUGAAAGCAACAAACUAUCGUCUUGUUUCAUUAACGUCUGUCGUACGCAAAGUAAUGGAAAAUAUAAUAAGAGACGCUUUGGUGGAACAUCUUGUUGAAAAUAAAUUAAAAUCUAAUUCGCAGCACGGCUUUGUCCGUUGUAAAAACUGUUGCACAAAUUUACUAGAGUCUUUAGAUUUAAUUGCACAGUCUGUGGAACUUGGUUUUUCAAUUGAUAUAGCAUUUUUGGACUUCUCCAAAGCAUUUGAUACAGUUACACACAAAAGAUUGUUAAUAAAAUUAAAAGCAUAUUGUGAAUAUGAAGUUUUAGUAAACUAG